AUGCGAGAAUUGUACACAAAUAACAUUGGUUGUACUGUAGAAGCAAUUAAGAGGGGAAGAGGAAUGUGGAAAGUGUACUCAGAUACUGCAAGCAAAUAUGAUGGCGUAGCCCGGAAAUACAAGCAAUGUACCAGCAUUAAAGAGGAUCAAAGAAGGCAGAAUGUCUACUAUGCUAAAGAUACAAAGAACCUAACAAUUUUGGACAAGGACGACAAAGUUAGAACAGGUUGUAAUGAGUUUGCAAAGUUUAUCAUGUAUAUAAAAUAUUUAAAUGCAAGAAUAAUGAAGACUGAACCAUAUCUAUUUGUGCAAUCAGCUAUGGCAGAAACAAACAAGAGCAGCAACCAAGAUGUGGACUUUCUCUUGAUUGCCUUUCCUGCAUUUCAAGAUCUGCAGUACAUGAUUUCUGUUCCUUUCUCCAUCAUGUUAUUAGUGGCAUUGUUUGGCAACAUAACAGUAUUUUUAAUAAUUUUUACAGAAAAAAGUCUCCAUGAACCCAUGUAUUACUUUAUGUCCAUCUUAACAGUCAUUGAUCUUCUUAUAAGUGUUACUGUUUUGCCUGAAAUGUUAGUACUGCUCUGGUUUGGUGAACAAGCUAUAAAGCUGGAUGUUUGUUUUACUCAAAUGGCUUUUAUUUUAUUCUUUGCUAGUAUGGAGUCAGCAAUCCUAUUAUUAAUGGCUUUUGAUCGUUAUACUGCAGUGUGCAAUCCUCUGAAAUAUUCAGGAAUUAUUACAAAUACUUUUGUAUUAAAAGGAAGCUUAUUGGCUGUAGCCAAAGGUUUUUGCAUUGCAGUACCUCUGAUUAUAUUUGUUAAGAUGUUACCAUUUUGCAGAGUAACUACUCUAAGCCAUGUAUUUUGUGAAUAUCCUGCUGUCAUCAAUGUUGCAUGUGCCCAGAGUUCCUUAAGUAUUGCCUCUCUUUAUAUUUUACUCUUUGCAAUUGUCCUUGAAACAGCUUUGAUUGGACUGUCAUACUACAUGAUUGUGAAAGUUGUAAUCACUCUGAAAUCAAAAGAAUCUUGGGACAAGGUAGUUAGUACAUGCAGCUCUCAUUUUUUUCUCAUUUUGUCAUUUUAUCUGUCCACAUCACUCACAUUAGUCGGAUCCAUUUUAGAAAACAAAAUACCAGCUUACAUUCGUGUUUUAUUCUCAGCUCUGUAUAUUACUAUACCCCCAACAUUAAAUCCUUUGAUAUAUGGUAUAAAAACAAAAGAAAUUAGGCAGGUAAUAAUAAAACGUUUAAGAAAAUUUAGAAUGAUUUCAUAA